AUGGUGUCCGCCAUCCCUUUCGUUGUCGUGGUCGUUCUGGUCGCCAUCGGGGCACCCUCACCCGCCAUGACCGCGCCCGUCGACCUCGUCGGAGCCCGAGUAAAGCGUUCGUCUGCUCGAUCCCCCGUCGCCGAGGGUAUACUCGACAUCGCGAAACGGUCAACAAUAUGGAGCGGUGAGCCGAUAGCUCCUGUCGAAUUCAUUUCGUACUGGCCAGCCAUAACUUCGCCGCUGCACAACCAAGUCCUGAAUGAAGGCGAAUCGUUCGAACUCGCUUGGUGAGUUCCAGAGGCGUUCGAGCGCGGCAUUCCGCUUCAUUCGAGUUUGCGAAUAUGUUUUGUGUGUAUAUACAUGCGUUAUACCUCGGCCAGGGUCAGGGUGGCCUGCACCUCGGUUUGCCUUUGACGCGUCGGUCUCGAUGAUCGCUUGGCGCGCCGGUGCACGGCGAGGCGAUGCGCGGCGCUGCGCUUGCCCGGUGACGCGACAGCCGCACGAGGCUAGUCGAACACUGCAACGGCACGAUUGCCUAGCAACGGGCCGGCCGACUCGGGGAAUAUGCACCCGUUGUGCUAUCCGUUUCAAAGGAAGGGGGCGCAGUAUGCACCAACCCAAAACACACGAUUGUGCCACUCUUUCAAGCUGUUCGGAGGCAAGGAACUGACCAGUCGACGUCCUCUCCCAUACGCCUUGCCCAUUCGCUCCUCCAAUGCACGCGCUGUCCUCCCAAAACAUGCCGCCUCUCGACGCAUACUCUCACAGGAACAACACCUUACCACCAUGUUCGUCCCUGACUUGCACCUCUGUUGGUACUUCUUUGCAUCCCAACACCUGACUAACCGAAUCUCGGCCCACUUAUCGUACCCAAUUCCCCCUGGUCGAAUUUUCCUCGGUGCCCAAACAACAGAUGCCACGAACCAAUACUCGCAGAAUGCCCUACUCCUGCUGGGCUACAUCUCGCCGUACAGCGAGGGACUCCAUCUCGAUGUGGACCAUCCUUUGGGCAUCAACAUCUCACUUUAUAACGGCGCAAAUACCUUCACCUUCACCCUGCCGACCAAUCUCACAACGCGCAACUCUUACGUCCUCGUCCUUGGAUCGACGUCGAACGCGGGACCACCCUUUACCAUUCGCGGUACCGGCCCUGCGGACCCCGAGGCGAGUGAGACUGCUUCGUCGACUACAGGUCGGAUGAUCGAGGCCCUCCCGACGACGUACAUUCUCGGCGGCGUAACGACCGUGGUCAAUGGACCGAGUACCACCACCGCCGCUGCACCCACCGCCGCUGGCCCAACACCGGCACCGGGGUCGACAUCUGCCCGUGCCACAGCCUCGCCCGUCAUCGCGAUCGUCUCGUCUUCGAGUAGCACAGCCACACUGACCACCUCGGCGGCCGCGGCCGAGUCCAACACGACGUCUCGGACCAGUUCGGCGCAUCACUCGACGAGGAUCAACACGCCCCUAUUGGCCAGCGUCCUCAUCGGCCUCGGCUACUUUGCAUUAUGCUAA